AUGGCUUUCAAAAGCGUGUGGCUGCUCCUGCUGGUCGCCAGCACCGAAGUCCUGGGCGACAUCAUCCUGAGGCCCAGCUGUGCUACCGGAUGGUUUUACCACAAGUCCAAUUGCUACGGCUACUUCCGAAAGCUGAGGAACUGGUCGGAUGCUGAGCUCGAGUGUCAGUCCUUUGGAGCCCACCUGGCGUCUAUUCAGAAUUUAAAGGAAGCCAAGGCCAUCUCAGAGUACAUAAGUGGCUAUCAGAAAAACCUGCCCGUGUGGAUCGGCCUCCAUGACCCACAGAAGAGGCAGCAGUGGCAGUGGAUCGACGGGACCUUGUAUUUAUUCAAAACCUGGGCUAGCAAGUCCAGGUCCAUGGCUGCAAACAAGCACUGCGCGGAGAUGAACGCCAACAGCGAUUUUUUGACCUGGGACAGCAAGGAGUGCCACAAGGUCCAACACUUCCUGUGCAAGUACCGGCCGUAG